AUGCCUGGUAUAUCCCCUGAUGUUAUUUCUCAUCGGCUAAGCAUUAAUCCUCCUAUCCGCCCUUUUCGGCAGAAGCAUCAUGCCUAUGACCCAGAGAGGUAUGAGGCAAUGAAGUCGGAGGUGGAUAAGCUAAGCAAUAUUGGAUUCAUUAAGAAGGUGGACUAUCCCACCUGGCUAGCUAAUUUGGAUAGGCUAAGAAAGACUGACGCAUGUGUGUAG